AGAAUGGCGGAGGAAGGGUGGAGGAAGGGACCUUGGACACCCGCAGAGGAUAAGUUGCUUAUGGAGUAUGUUGCAUUGCACGGUGAGGGACGAUGGAGCUCCGUGGCUAGUUCCACAGGAUUGAAGAGGAAUGGGAAGAGUUGUAGGUUAAGGUGGGUGAACUACCUAAGACCGGGGCUUAAGAAAGACCAAUUAUCGCCUCAAGAGGAAGGCAUCAUUAUCGAACUUCAUGCUUUAUGGGGAAACAAAUGGUCCACUAUAGCUAGAUACUUACCAGGAAGAACCGAUAAUGAGAUAAAGAAUUACUGGAGAACCCAUUUCAAGAAGCAAAAGCCAAUCAUCCAAAAUGAGAAAAAGCGCAAAUAUAGCUACAUGAACCAAGAGUAUCCACAUGUUAACGAAAGAAUGAAUAAUUCCACAUCCUCCGAAUCAGAAGAGAAUGAUACAAUAAUGAUGACUGAACCACCGCUAACCUCGCUACAAGAAACCACUAAAUCUAAUUACGCAUGCCCAUGGGCCACCGGCGAGGUCCAACAACAAAACCCAUGUAUGAUGGCGCAAGAUGUUGCACGGUGGUUGGACACUGUCACGGAAGACGGUUUAUGGAGUGACUUUCUUUGGAAUCUAGGCCUGGAUCAUUCAAUCCAAGCUGUGGUGGAACAAUAA